UCACGGCCGUCGCGCUCUUCCGGCCCUGCCUGCCGCGGCCGGCCCGAGAGACUUGUUACCUUCCGCGCCGUGCGGGCCACUCCGGCUUUUGUCUUCUUUCUAAGGGCCCCAUCUGCCUUUGGGAAGAAAAGGCAGCAGCAGAAAGGGUGGUAGCUGACUGCCUGACAAAUUUUUUUUCAGGAUGUCUGGUCAUCAAGCCCAGUCUGAUCUCUUGGUUGGAACAAGGAGAAAAGUUAAGGGAGGUCAGAGAAGAAUUCUCCAUGAAUGGGAAAUGGAACUUAAAAUGAAAUUCUCAGGACUGCAGCAAGAAUUCUUGAGGGGUCACAUAUCCAAUGGGAUACAGAUGACAAGAAUAAGAAGAGGUGUUUCUUAUCUUCCUCAAAGAAAAUCAAGAAUUACACCACAUUAUUUCAUCAAAAAUAAAGAGAUAUUUGAGAGCAGUACACACAAAGGGAAUACUAUCUCUGAAGAGAUUUUUCUGGAUGUUGCAGGAAACUGUCAGAGAGAACGCUGUGACUGGAAGCCAUAUGAGGAAUUCUUCAGUGACUACACGUUCCUUAAGACACACACAGAAACUCAAAGUGUAGGAAACAGUUACGACGUUAUCAGCAUGGAAAAGAUUUCCUGACUGUUCAACAGGAAACCUCUACUGGAGAGAAAUUUCUACUUUUAAUCAGAGUGGAGAAAUCUGCAUGUCACCAAACGCUGUUUACCAGAAAACUAGCACACAGGAGAACUCCUUUGACUGCAGAGACUGUGGGAAAUCCUUUGUUAAUGAGUCAUAGCUUCAAGUACAUUAGGAAUUCAUGGUGGAGAUAAACUUUAUGAAUCGAAGGAAUAUGGGAGAAGUUUUAUAAACUCUGCAAGUUUUCCUGUGCUUUAUAGAAACACUCAGUGCAAAAAACCCUUAUAAAUGGAAGGAAUGUAGGAAAUGCAUAUCUAAAUAUCCACCUGAACUCACACUGGAGAGAAACCCUACGAAUGUAAGGAAUAUGGAAAAGCCUUCAAUUAUUCUAAUUCAUUUCAAAUACAUGGAAGAACUCACACUGGACAGAAACCGUACAUGUGUAAGCUAUGUGGGAAAGCCUUCACUCGGCACUCAGGCUUAGUAUUCAUCUGCCAUCUCACAGUGCAGACAAGCCCUGUGAAUGGAAGGAGUGCGGGAAAACCUUCCUUACAACCUCGUGUCUUAUUCAACAUAUAAGAACUCACACAGGAGAGAAGCUUGUGCAUGUGCCAAUUGUGGGAAAGCCUUUGCUAUUUCUUCAACUCUUAGUAGACAUUUAAGAACUCACACUGAGGAGAAGGCUUGUGAGUGUAAGAUAUGUGGGAAAGUAUAUGGUCAUCCCUCAGAUCUUAAAAAUCACAUCAAAUUCACCAUACCCAAGAAUCCUACACAUUUAAGGAAUGUGGGAAGGUUUUUAAUGCCACCCCUUAGAAUUCACAUGUGAAUCCACACUGUGAGUGUAAACAGUAUGGGGAAGCCUUCAGUCAUUCCAGCUCAUCUCAUAUACACGAAAGAACUCACACUGGAGAGAAGCCCUUUACAUGUAAGAAGUGUGGAAAAAUUUUAUAUGUUCCAGCUCUUUUAGAAUUCAUGAAAGAACUCCCAUUGAAGAGAAACCCUAUAAAUGUCAGUGGGAAGGCCUAGAGUCAUCCUUGUUCACUUUGAAGACACGAAAGGACUCAGGGCAAGAACCCUUAUACGUGGUAAGGGAUACGAGAAAGCCCUCACUUACUCCACUUUACCCUGAAGAAGUGAAUGGACCCACACUGAACAGAAGUUACAUCAAACUUAUGUAGUAGGGAGUAAAAGAGGCCAGUUUGCCCUUCCCAUGGCUGGUACAGGCCAUGGGGUGCCCAGGAGAAGAAACAAGCCAAUUUGCCAUUCCGGUGAACCAACAGGCAUGCAGGCUGGGAGACCAGAACACCGACCUCUGGCCACCCUCCCACCAUAAGCAACCAGCUGAUUCAGAGGAACACAGACUCUGAUAGCAACUGAGUACAAAAACAACUUAAUGUUGUUUGAUUGACUUUGCAGACAUGAGGCUGGUAGUCUGAACAUCUAUUAAGAGGAUAGUAACAUGCAAUGUGAAGUGAACUUCCGCCGCUGGCAUCCGGCUGAGAGCGCGUCAGCCUCCCACCUGGCGAUUCCAGCGCGUCCCGCCCCACAGACACAGUGCGCCUCCACUUAGGAAGAGACACCAUUGCCCUUCCCAGGCUUCCCUGAGGCUCUUGGACACCUUUAAUCACACAGUCUUUAAAGAGAAUAUCCAAAGCGAGUCUACCUUUCUCCAGGACCACAGGAAUCUGCAUAACCCUGAUUAACAAGAAAUAGCUAUUGCCACUAUUCACAUAAGAUUCAUAAGCUGCCCUGACGUGUCUUGGAAUCACGGGAGAGCGUGAUCACACGUAUUUCACCAUCAGACUUGCAAGAUGGAUGUUACCAAUCUGUCCCAUGGAGCUUUACUUUCUGGGGACCCAGUCUGCAGUCAUGAAGAAAAGAUAGAGACAGAAAAGACAGAUUCGGGGACCUUUGAGGAUGUGGCUGUGGAUGGCAUCCACCUGGAAGAAUCUCUAAAGAACUCACCACAGAGAAGCAGCCAUAGUGAUGUAUUGGUGAAGAGCUCCCAGAAUCUGGCCACAGUAGAAUUGGAAAUGCAAUUACAAACCAAAGAGUCAGCACUGCAGCAGGACUUUUUGAUGGAACCUACUUCUGGUGGGAUACAACUGGACUUAGUGACCUUUGAGGAUGUCGCUGUGGACUUCACCAAGGAGGAGUGGACUUCACUGGACCCAACUCAGAGAAACCUUUACAAAGAUGUGAUGCUGGAGAACUACCAGAACUUGUCCACAGUAGGACAUCAGCUGUUGAAACCCAGCCUGAUAUCCUGGUUGGAGGAAGAAGUGGAGUUGACCAUAGUGGAGAGAGGCUUUCUCCAAGAAUGGGGAAUGCACCUUAAAACCAGAGGUCCAGCACUUGAGAAGGAUAUUUUCUGGUCAGAUACGUCAAAUGGGAUACAACAGCAGGCAGGAAACCACAAUGGAGAAGAGAUCUGUGACUUUCAGCACUCUGGAAAAAUCUACAGUGAACACACGGGCCUUCCUGCACGCAUUGAGAAUACAGAGGAUACUUCAGAAUAUAAUCAGUGUGAAAAAGACUUCCUUCCACUGGUAGAGAAAACUCCUGAAGAGAAACUUUCUCUGUUGAACCAGGGUAUAGAACCUUCUACUCUGGCUGUAGAUACUUUCCAGAGAACUUCUACUGAAGACAAAUCCUUUGAGGGCAGUGACUCUGGGAAAGCUUUUGUUAGUCAGUCACAGCUUCAGGACCAUAUGAAAACUCACAGUGGCGAGAACCUCUCUGAAUUAGAGCAAUGUGGGAAAGCUUUUACAGUGUCUACAAAUGGUGAUGGGUAUGCUCAAAUGCCCACUGAGAAAAAUUUCUAUGAAUGUAAGAAAUGUGGGAAAUUCUUUACACACCCAGCUUACCUUAAUAUUCAUAUGCAGAACCACCCUGUUGAGAAACCAUAUAAAUGUCAGGAAUGUGGGAAAGCCUUCACGCAGCGUUCCAGCUUGAUUGUACAUCUACGACAGCACACCCGGGAGAAGUCCUAUGAGUGCAAGGAAUGUGGGAAAGCCUUCAUUCAACCCUCACGCCUUACUGAACAUAUGAGAUGUCACACAGGAGAGAAACCUUUUCAGUGUGACCAUUGUGGGAAUGCCUUUGCUUCUUCCUCUUAUCUUACCACGCAUUUGAGAACCCACACCGGAGAGAAGCCCUUCGAGUGUAAUGUAUGUGGGAAGGCAUUUACACGUUCCUCUUACCUUCUCGGUCACAUACGAACUCACACUGGGGAGAAACCCUAUGAAUGUAAAGUAUGUGGGAAAGCCUUCAGUGGGCGCUCAUGGCUCACUAUUCACUUAAGAAAGCAUACUGGGGAGAAGCCUUAUGCAUGUACAUUAUGUGAAAAAGCCUUCACCAGCUUUGCUCAACUUACUGAGCACACAAAAACUCACACCGGUGAGAAGCCCUUUCAGUGUAAGGUAUGUGCAAGAACCUUUAGAAAUUCCUCAUGCCUUAAGACUCACUUUCGAAUUCACACUGGAAUAAAACCUUAUAAAUGUAAUUUCUGUGGGAAGGACUUUACUGCCCGGUCAGGCCUUACUAAGCAUGUCCUCAUUCACAAUGGUGAGAAACCCUAUGACUGUAAGGAGUGUGGGAAAGCAUUCAGUACAUCCUCAGCACUUGUUGAACACAUAAGAAUUCAUACAGGGGAGAAGCCCUUUGAAUGUUACAAAUGUGGCAAAGCCUUGGCUUAUUCCUCAUCUCUUGUCGCACAUUUGAGAUCUCACACUGGAGAGAAGCCCUUUCAGUGUAACCUGUGUGAGAAAGCAUUCUCCCGAUCCUCCUACCUUCGCAUUCACAUGCGAACUCACACUGGUGAGAAACCCUAUGAAUGUACAGAAUGUGGGAAAACCUUCCCAGAGCGCUCAUGUCUUACUAAGCAUGUUAGGACACAUACUGGGGAGAGGCCAUAUGAAUGUAAGGAGUGUGGGAAAGGCUUCACUAGCUUUGCUCAACUUACAGUACACAUAAAAACUCACAGUAGUGAGAGGCCCUUUAAAUGUAAGCUAUGCACAAAAUCUUUCAGAAAUUCCUCAUCACUUGAGACACACUUUCGAAUUCACACUGGAGUAAAACCAUAUAAAUGUACUUACUGUGGGAAAGACUUCACUGCACGCUCAGGCCUUACUAUACAUUUACGAAAUCACACUGGUGAGAAGUCCUAUGCAUGCCAGGAGUGUGGGAAAGCCUUCACUACUUCCUCAGGCCUUAUUGCACAUGUACGAAGUCACAAGGGUGAGAAACCCUUUGAAUGUGACCACUGUGGGAAAGCUUUUGCAUCUUCCUCUUAUCUUAAUGUACAUCUGAAGAUUCACACUGGAGAGAAGCCUUUUCAGUGUACAGUGUGUGGAAAGACAUUUACCUGUUCUUCUUACCUUCCCGUUCACAUGCGAACGCAUACUGGGGAGAAGCCCUUUCAGUGUAUGAUAUGUGGGAAAUCAUUUUUGUGGUCAUCUUACCUUCGUGUUCACAUGAGAAUUCACACUGGAGAGAAACCCUAUGUUUGUAAGUACUGUGGGAAAGCCUUUACUGAGCACUCGGGCCUUAAUAAACAUUUACGGAAACACACCGGGGAGACGCCAUAUGGAGAGACACCCACACCAUUCAGAGAGACACCUGCACCAUUCGGAGAGACACCCGCACCUUUUGGAGAGACACCGGCACCGUUUGGAGCAACACCAUACGAAUAUAAGGAAUGUGGGGAUUCCUUAACUAGUCCUGAUGCUAACAUGAGUCCUGACAUUAAUAAACAUGAAAACUCUCCAGAGAGAAAUACUUUGAAUAUCAGGAAUUCGGAAAAUGUUUUGGGAAGUCCUUGAUACUGAGCAAUUAUAAUUAAGUCCUGAGAAGUCUUACAAAUAUAUGCAAUGUAAACAUUCAUAUGUAACUUGAACUCUGAGACUGCUCCAUGAAUUUAAGGAGCAUGGAAGCGUCAUAGAACUGGCUUUAAAACUAUGUAGAAUAGGAAACAUAUACCCUUUUGUACUUCCUCAUGUAUUGAUAAAAACAUGAGUUCCAGUAGAGCAAAUGGGUUGGUUUAAGAUUUGUGGAAGAGUUGUAGUCUGGUAAGUAGCUUGAUUUUACAGUGGAGAAAAACUAGAUGAAAGGUAGAAAUGUUGGAAAAUCACUUUUUAUGUUUAACUUUGAUUAAAUGGUAUUCUCAAGUGAACAGAAACUACAUGAAUAUGAUACGGGAUCUGCUUUAUUGUCCUAAAGUCUUAUAUAUAGUCAUGGCUUUCUGGAUGGUUCUUUAGAUAAAUUUUGAAUAUUUCAAGUAUUUGUGUACUUUUAUGACUUCAGUUAUAAGUUACUAAUAUCCAUCAUAGUGUUUCUUUAAAGUAUAUUUAAUGUGAUUGAAAACUAUCUUUUAUAUUUCAGAUCUGAUACCUGCAUUAUUAAACAUUGAGAAACCCAUUA